AUGUCGGCGACACGCGUGACAAGGCGUGAGGCGCAGUGGAUCAUCAGCACGUUCCUUGGCGAGGAGAACAAGACCACGGACACGGCGCGCCCCGUGGUGGACAACGUCAUCAAGCGCACUGAUGACCCGCUUACCCUGCGCAGCGCGCUGACUGCGCUUUUAAUCCCUGCGCGGGACAUGUACCAGCUCGGCCAUCCAGAGGAGGUGGUGGCCCUGCUGCGCAAGCCCGUCGCCUGCGUGGGCAAGGUCAUGCAAGUGAAGAAGAACAACAACCUCAGCCCGCAGCACCUGGAGCUGCUCACCCCUUGGACGGCGGCAUCCGCCAUGCUGGCCCUCGGGUACGACGCCAUGGGUGACGAGACGCAGUGCAACAAGCUCAUGGACACGUUUGCCAACACGCUCAAGCUCGCCUCCGCGGACGUCAUCACGACGAGCGCCCGCGAGUUCCUGGAGUACGGCCUCGUGCCGCGCACGCUGGUGAAGCACCGCCUCGCCGAUCCGCUGUGCAAGGUCAAGGCCGACGCCAUCAUCACGCUUGAUGCGCUCGCAGCGGCGGAGAUGAAGGAAGCAGCGGCAUCAUCCAUGAGCCCUGGCCCGUCGACCAAAGCGUCGCCUGCGCUCUCCCGUCGAAGCAUCGCGGGCAGCGCCGUAUCAUCGGCAGCAGCGCAGAAGUCGGCAUCGACAUCGGCUGCACGGGCAUCCGCGCGGUCUGUGGCGAGCAGCAUCAGCCGGAUUGGCGCCCGCGAGCCCUCGAUCAAGGCGAAGGGUCUACUGGACAGGGAGAAGAUGCUUAAGACGGUGCGGCAAGGGGUGAAGGUGGUGAUGCAGGUGCCAGGCAUUGUCAAUGAGAACGACAUGGCAUCGGGGACAUGGACGGAGGACAGCACACAGCGGCGGCUGUUUGGGCUGGAGGUCCUCAUUGAUCUGGGCCAGUGUGCCCUUGAACUCGGCGACACGGAGCUUGCAGGCAAGUGCGCAUCGCACUGCGUGUCUGCCUCUGCCGCAGACGCUGCGGCGGUGAGGGGCCGGCUGCUGCAGGCUGCCAUUGUGCUUGCUGGCAUUUCAAGGCCCUUCACGGAAUCCGCCCUCACGCUCCGGCUCAAGUGCAUCGGCGAGGCACUGCUUGCCCUCAGCAGCGCCAAGCAAGUUGGUGUGACUGCGCUGAUCCAGGAGGUGUGUGUGGGCAUCUGGGCAAUGGCCCAGCCCCUGUUGCAGCCCAAGUUGCGUCACACCCUCAAGCGAGCCCUCGACGUGUGCAGCCAGGCGCUGGCAGGCGUGUCUUCCCCGCUGACGGACGUGCGCUGUGCCAUGCACGUGGAGCUGGCCAAGAUCUUGGAGGACGCUGACCUGUGCCAAGCCGCGCUGCAGCAGGUUGAGCGUGCGCAAGCGCUGAAUGGCCUCGGUGACGAAUUCGAUGACAUUUUAACGGAGAUGAGAGGACGCCUUGAGGUGAAGAUUGCGCCAGAGCCGUUGGACGAAUCAGCAGGGCCAUACAAGCUUGUUGUUCAGUCUGUCGAGCAAGCACAGCGCGCACCCGACACCACAUCUGCCCGAUUCUUGCUCGUCAAGGCAGCAAGGUCCCGGCACCAAACGUUGGUGGAUUUGUUUCGUCGACCGACUGACAAGAAUGGCGACACCAACACGAGCGGUGGCAACGAGAACCAGACAUCAGCCACUGCCACCACCACGUCAUCAUCAUCAGCAACAGAAGGUGGUGAUGGUGAUGGUGACGAUGACACUGCACCUCCACCCGUCAACCCAGACCUGAGCACGGCCGAGGCAAUCCGGCUGCUGGCCCUCAUUGCCACCACGUGUCGACAGCUCGCCAUAUGGGAUGUUGCCGUUGCAACGGCGCAACACGGCAUCAAGUUGUGCUCGUGGGCGGCGCCGCCAACGCGCCAACUCUUCACCCUCGACGGAGCAACAUCGUCCUCGUCAUCAUCGGGUGGUGGCGGUGUGCCCAGUGCAAGGAAGGGCGGCGCGAAACGACCGCAGCAGGAUGCCUAUGGAGACAACGCACAGGAGUUACAGGAAAUUUCGACGCUGUUCUGCAUGCAGGCAGAAGCCGCGAUUCAGCUCUUGCGCUCGCACGGAGGACAGCUGGUCGUGCCGGAGUUUGAGUUCCCGCCGCCACCAGAUGACAGCGACAAAUCGCUGGCGUCAACAGCCGGCGGCCGCAAAGGAAAGGGGGCGGGGCGGACCAAAACGCCACGUGGUGGCAAGGCGAGCGCUGUGCCUGCAGGCAAAACCAGCGCAGACAAGGGCGGGCGCAAGAAGUCUGGAGCACAGUCGGGCAAGGGAAGACGCAAAACGCGUGGCGAAGGUGGUGAUGGCGACAACGACGACAGCAACAAGGAGGGUGCUGGUGGCGGUGAUGGUGAUGAUGAUGACGAUAAUGGUCAGAGCAGCAAGGAGGCAGAAGAAGAAGCGAAAGCAAAAGAGGAACAGGAAAAAAAGGAGAAGGAGGAGCAAGAGAAGAAGGUGGUGUACUUGUCUGACAUUGAUGACUUCUACGCACCACCAGCGACGACGACUGACGAUGACCAGAUUGCCGAAGCGGCAGGUGCCUUUGGUGACAAUUCGUUGCAGCGUGCGGCCACAGUGGCAGAGUUUCGGGAGUGGGAGGAGACGUUGACAGCGUUUGCGCUUGACUCUCUCUUCAAGGGCAUGCAGGCAGCCCACGCGGCGCGUAAGGCAUGGCUGCUGAACAACUGUGCAGCGUACUUGUGGAACUACCUCACGCCCGUUCUAAACGCGCGCGCAAGUCGUAGCACCGUGCAUGCAGGCAUGGUUGAGCUGGUGGAUGCCGUGCUGUUCAUCUUGAGCAAAGUGCGCAUCACAGACUCAACUACAAACCUGAACGUCUUGAGGCUGGAGUACCACCACUUGCUUGCAAGCAUGCUCUCAAGCAUCAUCACCCACCCGAGUGCGCUGGAGCCGUUGCAACAGGAGCUGACACCACGCUUCACGCGCGUCACAGAGCACUGCCUCGACAUCACCACAAAACUCGCCUGCAGCAAAGCCAACAGGUUCUGCUACGACUACGCCGACAAAAUUCUGCAGUUGGCGGUGCGUGUCUCGCGACACCAGGGCCUCGCACCAUCGCUUGACGCAAAGGAUGCGCAUGUGCGCUGCCUUGCUGCUGUGCGCAGUUUUGAGACAACACCGCCAGAGGAAAUGAGUGAAGAGUUGGUGGAGAAGACGAUUCGGCUUCUUCUUCAGGCCACGGCAACAGCGCGGCGACCGGCAACGUUCAGCAAGCAGCUGCGCGCAUCGCUGUGGUGCAGUGUUGCGCGCGUGUGCGACGCAAAUAAGAUGCAUGCGCAAGCCAAGACAGCGUGUUCAUAUGUCCUUGCGAUCAUCAACAGUAUGGGCAACAAGGCAAAGAAGCAAAAAGACCAAACACACGUGCGCGCGCUCCUUGCACAAACACACGUGGUGCUCGCGCGUGUGGAGGCUGCAGAGACAGCCGCCAAGUUCACCAUUGGCAGCAGUGACGACUCAACCAUCCACGGAACAGCACACCGCAAUGCACUGUGCGGCGUGCUGGCGCAUGCCGUGGAGGCAACAACACUCGCUGUCAAGUCAGCCCUGCCCGCGGCGGUGACAGAGGCACUGCAGAUGCUGUGGGACGCGUGCUCGGUGUUUGUGCGAGACGACCAGGGUCGCGCCAUCAUGGUGAAGCAGCUCGCCGCAGCCCUCAGCACGGUGUCUCGCCUGAAACCCGAAGUGCUCAGCGCCAUUGACGCGAGCAGCGAUGGCAUGCGCGCAUCCCUGUACGAGCUCGCCAUCAAAGCAUACGGAGAUGCAAACGAAUGGCACAACGCGCUGGAUGCAGCCGACGCAGGCAUGCGCCAUUUGCCAAAGCACCUUCGAGCCAGCAUCACUGUGCAUCGACUCGUGUGCAAAGUCAAGCUCGGGCAAGACAUUGAGCGGGACAUGUACAAGCUGUCGAAGCAGCCGCCAGCAGCACAGGCGGGCGUCUGGCGCGCGUUUGCUCGUAUCGAACGCGACAACACACAAAAGAUCAAAGCAUAUGAGCACGCGGUGUCGUGCUACGAGCAGGCCAACACCCUCGCCCUUCCUCUCGGCGACACGCUGCUUGAGCUCGCAGCAUGUCUGCACCUUGACAACACGGCCGCAUCUGAUGUCGUGCGGGUGCUGGACCGCGCGUCCACCGCCGUCGCCUCGCUGCUCGAUCCAAUGCAUUUCACAGCAGCAGCGAGCCGUAGUGUGGAGAAGAGUGGGGAUGGAAAGGACAGCAGUGGCAGUGGCAGUUGGGAUGCAAGUGGUGGUGAUGAUGCGACAACAGCACCCUCUGCACACGCACUCCAGGAUUGCCUGCAUGCACACGACAUUGUGCUGAGGGCGGAGCUGAUGCGCUAUCUCUGCCAGACGUCCACGCAGCAAAUUGCCGUUCGCUCGUUUGCGCGCGUGUGGAGGGCUGUGCUGGCCUUCUGGGACGUGUUGGUCGCCAUGGGGGACAUGGAGGAAGAGGCAGCGGCAGCGGCAGCACAGCAACAGAAAGGAAGCAAAGGCAAGAAGAGCAACAAGGACACCGGGCCAGCCGUUGUGCUGUCAUCGCACGCCAGCGCAAGAGAGCAGCUGCCGGCACCUGGCGACCUGGACGGGUGGCUCAACUUGGAUGUUGGCUCGCUUGUGCUGCGGGGCCGUAUCCCAGCUGUGCUGCUCCGCCACGCAGGCCAGAUGGCGUGCCACCUUGCACUUGAGGCCAUUGAGCGAGCAGUGGACCUCGGCAUUGGGUUCGCAGCUGUGCCGCUGUGUCGCCUUGUCCCCGUUCUGUGCAUCCAGUCCACGGUUGAGGUGUCGGGGUUAUCGCUACCGGAGCUCCCGGACACAGGAGAGGACGGUCCCACUGCCGCUGCAUCGGCGUCUUCAGCUGCUGGCGGUGGCGGUGGUGGUGGUGGUGGUGGUGGAGGCGGUAGCAGCGGCAGCAGUGGUGUUGCGCUGACGCCUGCACAGGUGCUGGCACAGAUCAUGCCAGAGCACAUUGCGCAACACCCGCAGUGCACACUUGCACGUGUGCUGCACCUGCGCAUCGCCCUGUGUGCCGGCCUCUCUGGCAUUGGGCCACUCCGUGACGCCAUCACCACCUACUUCACCACCGACCUGCCCCCAAUGUGGGUGAGUGCUGCGUGGAACCAGGGCAGCCUGCAGCCGACGCACGUGGAGCCAGUGCUUGUGCGCUACGUGUGGCUGGCGUGCGCGCGCCACCUCGCUGUCGUGUUUGAGCUGACACCGCUGGGCUCGCUCGUCCCCCAGCUCAGCGCUCUCUUCAGUGCGUCUGUCGCGGAUGGCGGUGCUGCUCUGCAACUGCGCGCCCUCACCGCCAUUGUGGACUGCAUGUCCGGUCGCCCACCAGCGCAAUCGCUCGUGCCGUCGUCGCAGUCACACGUUUCGUCACUGCAGGUGGACAUUACGUCCAUUGCAUCCGUGCUUGAGCUGUACCGCACUGCGCUGUGUGCUCUGCACGGCAGCCGCACCAGCGCCAUCCCCGGCGUGUCUGGGCCGUCCCUGCAGACAAUGAAGCCCGCGGUGCGUGGCCUGCUGGCUCUUGCACGUACGUGCGACGAGAGCAUGAACGCGGCAGGCAUCAAGUCGAGCGUUGCGUUCCGCCACACACGUGCGAGAUUUAUGUGCGCCAUGCUGGCGAGCGAUUGCAUGCUUGCCCUCAACGCCAAACAAGACCUUGCAUCUGUGGCAGCCACUAUCACCACUCUCAGCAACGCCAUUCAGUUCCAGUGGCCAGCGAUGUGUCGCGAUUUGCGGCUCCGUCAUGCGCGCAUUCUCUGGACCGCUGUUGACCACGAGCACAUUCCGUACUUUUGCACGCGGUGGACAAAGUCGCCCGAGUUUGUUGUUGGCGCCAAGACUGUCCUUGACACGUUGGCCACACUCGACCAAGUGGAGGCCAUGGGCAGCAGCUGCCACGACGCCGCCAAUGCGUUGGUGGGGGAGCUUUGUGAACCAUCGCUGACCUCCGCCCACGCCCGCCAGCGCACCGUGACCGAACAUGACGCAAGCAUCGUCAACUUGCGCGUCCGCGCAGAUCUGCACACGGCACAUUGCGUCAUGCAGCGACCGGAGCUCAACGCCGCCACCAGUAAGGACCGCGAGGGAGGCGGUGAUGGGAAGGAAGCGGCGAUGAUCAUGCGCUAUCUGAACAGCGAGGAGGAGGACUGGCCUGAAGAGCUGCUGCAGUUCAGAGACGCACUGACAGUGUGCAGCGACACGUUCAUGGUGGAGGCUUCGUCGUUCCUGUCCAGUGUGGAGGAUGCAGCCGUGGAGUGCCGGCGGCUCCUGCGAACGCUUCGCUGCGAGAUGACGGCCCGGACAGCGAUUGCACUCGCCGCCUCGGCACAGCGCAUGUCACCUGUGAAGACGAGCGGCCAACACACACGCGGCGAUGGUGCCACUGGUGGAACAGUUGACGAAGCACGCCACCAACAGCAGCAGCAGCAGCAGCGAGCGGUCAGUGGCAGUCGUGGCGAUGAUGGCAACCAAGAUGAAGAUGCAGCAGCCGAUGCGCGCGUUGAGAGCGGACACUACAGCCGAAGAACGAGUGCACGUCGGCUUGACUCCGCACAUAGCACACACGCUGGUCGCCCCUCGCAACCAGGCGGCGCACACGCAAACAGCGAUAGCGGUGACGGCAACACCACAACCGGCAAUGACGGCCGCGGUGACGCGAAAGCUGAUGAUCACAACGGUGGUGCUGAUGAUGAUGGUGACGAUGGUGAUGAGGAGGAUGUGCAGCAGCAAGUGGACGACUUGGCAGAGCAGGCACUGUCAACGGUGCAGCAGACAUUGGAGCUCGCACCAAACGAGACCUGGCUCUAUCCACUGCUGCAGUCCGCAUGUGUUCGUGGCAUUCGCUCGUCGGCGUCCCCUGAGCUGCGCUGCAAAUUCGUUCUGUACCACCAGGCAUUUACCGCGUGCAUCGAGCUGAUGCACACGCUUGCUCGCGGUCACGCCAACACGCCCACACCAACCCUCACCGGCAUGCUUCUUCGCCAGCUAUGCGCAUGCACACAUCCACAGGCACCCGUGCUGUGGAGCGCGCGUGUGAAUCCUCUCUCACAUCAGCUCGUCAGGAGUGUGCGCGGGCUUGAAGCGGCCGUUGUUUCGCCGGCGUUUAUGGAGCAGGUGCCUCGACUGGCGUCACAGGAUGUCAUUGCCAUCACAACACACAGCGACGGCCGUGCCACGUGCGCCAUUGUGCACAAGGGCAACCUGGACACUGCUCGCGUGGUGGACAUGGGUCAUGCAGCUGACGAAAUCCUUAAGUCUGCGGUAAACGUGCGGAGCCUAUCCUCUCGAUUGCACGGGGCAAUGAUGUCAUCGGAUGCAUUUGAGUUUAUCGCAGCGACGCUCUGGGCACAGCGGCAAAACGAGGACAACACAGCCAAGGACAAGAACAGCAGCAAUACCAGCAACAGCAGCAGCGGCGAUGUGAAGGCGGUGGAUGGCAGUGGUGAUGGUGCUACCGAGGCGGAGCGAGGGGACAAUGAGGACGCAACAAAUCAGAACACAGGCGUCGAAACGGGACCCGAGGCAGCCACAACGACACAACCGCUGUCCGCAAGGGAACAGCUCGUGUCUCGCUUCGGACAGCAAGCGGUUGACGAUGUAGACGGCGUGUUGAAUGCAUUUGAGUGCGCCAUUCGCAUGGCAAGGCGCCUGUGGCAACCCGUACUCUCGUGUCUGCAGGACUUGCAGGGAAAAGCUGCGGCUACACAGGGCCUGCUGUUGUGUGCUUCUGUGGGCGUGCACGUUGCCUUCCCACUUCAGUACCUCCAUUCAAGCGAGCGAGUCUCGCGUGAUUUGUCGUUCUCCCUCUUCAUCGGCAGACAUGGCUUCUUUGACCAGGAGGGCGGGAACGCGAGCGAUUCGCGUGAACUGACGACAAACGCCGCAGCAACGGGCACGCUGCUGUCCAGGAGUGGUCUUUCACAAGACGAUUGCGACGCGCUUCGAGCCAUGCUUGGACGCGUGUCGAAAGAGGUUGCUAGCAAGGCGACGUGGCCCGUGGCAGAAAUCACUGCUCCACACGAGGCGCCAGGCUGUCUACACCUGCUGGGAGAGUGUGCGAAUGUGAUUCGUGUGGGAGCGCCGUGUCGUGUUCCACUUCCUCUUCUUCUCCACCAGGAAGCGCUGUCACCCGCGCUCAUGUUCAGCUUCGACCAGGACAUGUGCGAUGUGCACUUUACGGAGCGGCUGCACCACGCCACACUCUCAGGCGUCGGCUGUAUCCUCGCAUGCGCAAACAACACCGCCCUCCCCACGCGAAGCAGAAGUCUUGAGUCGACCCUGACACAACUGAAGGAUUCCACGGCCGCUGACAUCGCCACGCGUGACGAUGCCGCGUUUGCGACAGUGGAGGACCCGGCGUCCGCAUCCGCCGGCCCUUCCUCAAAGGGAAAGCGCGAGAAUGGUCGAAAAACAGCAAAGACGCCGAAGGGAAAGAAGACCCCAACAAAGGAUGAGGUGGCUGAAGACAAAGAGGAGGAGCGAAGGCCACCGCCAUUCAUGACAAAGCAGCUUGUUUGCUUUGGCGUCCAGCGUGUCAAGUUUGCCUAAGCAGACACUCUUGUCUGUUGUUUCGUUUGUUUGGUUUGUUUGUUUGUUUGUUCGUUUGGUCGUUUGGUCGUUUGCAAGUUGAAUUUGGGACGGGUGUAUUGUCGAUUUGUACAAAGGACUGGCACAUAGCUGACAGUUGUGCUCGUUUAUCGUGUACGAAGGGCUCCAUUAAACCGCAAACCAAC